AUGGGUAGUCGUAACGAUCCCAAUGAGAAUCCUACUGCAACCUCAAAUCCAAUCUCACUUCCCGCAGAAGGUACAACUGUUGAUAUCCCUAUUAAUAACGCCAAGGAUUUGAAAGCUAUAGAAAAGGAACUCCAGGAUAAAGAAGCUGAACUGAAAAGGAGGGAAGAGGAGCUAAAGAAGAGGGAGGAGGCAAUUGCAAAAUCUGGAGUUGUUAUAGAGGAAAACAAUUGGCCACCUUUUUACCCUAUAAUCCAUCAUAACAUUAAAUCUGAAAUUCCUAUCCAUUUACAGAAAGUACAAUAUGUUGCAUUUGGUUCAUGGUUAGGUAUCAUAGUAUGCCUUGUAUGGAAUCUUAUAGCAGUGUCUGUUGCCUGGUACGAAGGAGAAGGUGUUACAAUCUGGCUAUGUGCUGUUAUCUACAUCAUAUUAGGAAUUCCAGGGUCAUACUUUUUAUGGUAUCGUCCUUUGUAUCGAGCCACUAGGAGCGAUAGCGCUGUAAAGUUUAGCUUCUUUCUCAUAACAUACAGCUUUCACGUCUUCUUUUGUGCUUUUGCUUCACUUGCUCCUCCUAUAUUCAUCCAAGGGAAAUCAAUCGCAGGGAUUUUGCCAGCUUUUAAUCUUCUAGUAGGAAAUGCUAUGCUUGGGGGUAUCUACCUCAUUGGAUUUGGACUUUUUUUCAUUGAAACAGCAAUCAGCAUCUGGGUUAUUCAGCAAGUUUAUUCAUACUUCCGUGGUAGUGGAAAAGCUGCAGAGAUGAAACUGGAGAAACUGAAGGCUUCUCGUAGAAGAACGAAGGCUGGAACCUGCAAGCCGGAAAAAGCCGCCAUAAUGCUUCAAACUUGCAGUUACAGAGAAGUAAGCCGGGAGAAUUUGCACAGACCAUAUAAUUUACAAGCUGUUUCUUCGCCAUGGUUUAUCUGGGUUUCAACUUCAAGCUUCAAAUUCGUUCAAAAACCGAGUGUUCAACCACGAUCUUUGGAUUCGGACUCCGAAGACGAUGUUGAUAAAACCCUAAAUUUAUAUUACGGGAAACUAAAUCCUAAAGAACAGACGGUGAUUCUCAAAGAGCAAAGGAGCUGGGAAAGGGUUAUUAGAGUUUUCGAGUGGAUGAAAUCGCAGCCGGAGUAUUCACCUAAUGUGAUUCACUACAACGUUGUUCUUCGUGCCCUAGGUCGUGCCAGGAAAUGGGAUGAAUUAAGACGUUGCUGGAUUGACAUGGCUAAUAAGGGUGUUUUCCCAACUAAUAACACAUACGGAAUGCUCGUUGAUGUGUAUGGAAAAGCAGGUCUUGUGAAAGAAGCUCUUUUGUGGAUUAAACACAUGAAGCUUAGAGGUAUCUUUCCCGAUGAAGUCACCAUGAACACAGUGGUUCGAGUAUUGAAAGAUGGAGGUGAGUAUGAUCGAGCAGAUCGAUUUUACAAAGAGUGGUGUGUUGGUAUUGUUGAAUUAAACGAUUUGGAAUUUGAUUCAUGUUCAGAACCCAUUAGUUUGACUCAGUUCUUGUUGACCGAGCUUUUUAGAACUGGUGGGAGAAAUCAUACAAAGAGUAUGAUUACAGAAAACUCUGUUCAAAAGCCUCGUUUAACAGCCACUUACAACACUUUGAUUGAUUUAUAUGGUAAAGCAGGGAGAUUAAAAGAUGCAGGUGAUGUGUUCGCUGAAAUGCUUCAGUCAGGAAUCGCUAUGGAUACAAUCACCUUCAACACAAUGAUCUUUACUUGUGGAAGUCAUGGGAAUUUAUCAGAAGCUGAAUCUUUGUUGUAUAAAAUGGAAGAAAGAGGAAUAUCACCCGAUACAAAAACAUACAACAUCUUUUUAUCUCUAUAUGCUGCCAUGGGAGACAUAGAUGAAGCUCUUGAAUGCUACAGAAAGAUCCGUGAAGUGGGUCUUUUUCCAGAUGUUGUUACUCAUAGAGCUGUUCUUCAAAUUCUAUGUGAAAGAAGAAUGAUCCAUGAAGUCGAAAAUGUAAUUAAAGAUAUCGAAAAAUCCGGUUUAUAUAUCGAUAACCACUCUGUUCCAAUUCUCAUUAAAAUGUAUGUGGAAGAAGGGCUAAUCAAUCGUGCAAAGUUUAUAUUUGAAAAGUGUUAUAAAAAAGGCGGAUUAUCUUCUAAAACUUAUGCUGCAAUUAUAGACACGUAUGCUGAAAAGGGACUUUGGACAGAAGCUGAAUAUGUUUUUAAUUGUGAACGAGAUUUAAUCGAUAUAAUCGAAUAUAAUGUCAUGAUUAAAGCAUAUGGAAUCGCGAAAUUACACGAUCAAGCUUUUUCAUUAUUUAAAGGGAUGAAAAGUCAUGGGAUUUGGCCCGAUGAGUGCACUUACAACUCCUUGAUUCAAAUGUUCGCCGGGGGCGAUUUGGUAAAUGAAGCACGCGAUCUUUUACACGAAAUGCAAGAAUCCGGUUUUAAACCCUCGUGUUUGACUUUUUCCGGGAUCAUUUCAAGUUAUUCUCGUUUAACCAUGGUUAACGAAUUAGACGAGAUUUACCACGAAAUGGUUAAAUCCGGGGUUAAACCGAAUGAAAUUGUAUUCGGUUCUUUAAUAAACGGAUUUGCAGAAACCGGGAAUCUUGAAGACGCGCUUCGGUAUUACAAAAUCAUGCAAGAAUCCGGUUUUUCACCAAAUCAAGUAAUUUUAACUUCUUUAAUCAAAGCGUAUAGUAAAACCGGAAUUGUUGAAGGAGCAAGAACAAUUUACAAGAAAAUGAAGGAAUUACCGGGUGGGCCCGAUGUGGUGGCAUCCAAUAGCAUGAUCAAUCUUUAUGCUGAUUUUGGCAUGGUAUCAGAAGCCAUUUUGAUAUUCGAUGAUUUGAAAAAAACAAAUAAAGCAGACGCUGUUUCUUUUUCUACCAUGAUUUAUGUUUACAAAAACAUGGGUAUGCUUGAUGAAGCCAUUGAAGUUGUAGAAAAGAUGAAAGAUUCCGGUUUGUUAACCGAUUGUGCUUCGUUCAAUAAAGCCAUGGCAUGUUACGCCACCACUGGCCGCCUCCGUGAGGGCGGUGAAAUGUUGCGGGAGAUGGUGGUGACACGGAAGCUCCUCCCCACCGCCGGAACUUUUAAGGUGUUGUUCACGGUGUUGAAGAAAGGCGGUAUUCCGGCGGAAGGGGUGGAGCAGCUCGAGGCGGCUUACCGGGAAGGGAAGCGGUAUUCCGGUGAGGCGGUGGUGGCAUUGGUCUUUUUGGUGGUUGGGUUGAGCUCUUUGUCGUUGGAGUUUUUUGAAAGCUUUGAGAUGGGAUUGGAUGUUUUUGUGUAUAAUGUUGGGAUUUAUGUUUAUGGGGGUUUGGGGAGGGUUGAUGAGGCGUUGAAGGUGUUUAUGAAGAUGCAAGAUGAAGGUUUGGGGGCGGAUGUUGUUACUUAUAUAUAUUUGGUGGGUUGUUAUGGGAAAGCGGGGAUGGUUGAAGGGGUGAAACGGGUUUAUAGUAAGUUAAAAUAUGGGGAAAUUGAUCCGAAUGAGUCUUUGUUUAAAGCAGUUAUUGAAGCUUAUAAAGUUGUGAAUAGGCAUGAUCUUGCUGAAUUGGUUGACCAGGAGAUGAGGUUGACUUUUCAGACUGAAUCAUUGCCGGAUUCUGGCAGUGAAGAUGAAGUAGGGGAAGCUUCUGUAAGUUUAUCUGUGUGA